CGGGCUCCUUACUUCUCUGCACUUGGUCCCCCGGAAUGGUCAGGACCAUGGGACACUUGUUUAUGCUGUGGGUGGCUGCGGGCAUGUGCUAUACCGCUUUCGGUGCUUCUGCCUGGUCAGUGAACAAUUUCCUGAUAACAGGUCCCAAGGCAUAUGUGACCUACACCGCCAGCGUGGCCUUGGGUGCUCAGAUGGGCAUGGAAGAGUGUAAGUUCCAGUUUGCCUGGGAGCGGUGGAACUGUCCUGAGCACGCUUUCCAGUUUUCAACCCACACCAGGCCGAGAGGUGCCACGAGAGAGACAUCCUUCAUCCACGCCAUCCGCUCUGCUGCAGUCAUGUACGCUGUCACCAAGAACUGCAGCAUGGGCGACUUGGAAACCUGUGGCUGUGAUGAUUCAAAGAAUGGGAAAGCAGGUGGCCAUGGCUGGAUCUGGGGAGGCUGCAGCGACAAUGUGGAAUUCGGGGAAAAGAUCUCCAGACUCUUUGUGGACAGUUUGGAGAAAGGGAAGGAUGCUAGAGCCCUGAUGAAUCUUCACAACAACAGGGCUGGCAGGCUGGCAGUGAGGGCCUCCAUGAAAAGAACCUGCAAGUGUCAUGGCAUCUCAGGAAGCUGCAGCAUCCAGACGUGUUGGCUGCAGCUGGCCGACUUCCGGCAGAUGGGAAAUUACCUAAAGGCCAAGUACGACCGCGCGCUGAAAAUUGAGACGGAUAAGCGCCAGCUCAGGGCUGGCAACAGAGCUGAAGGCCGCUGGGCUCCCACCGAGGCCUUCCUUCCCAGCGCAGAGGCUGAGCUGAUCUUCUUAGAGGGGUCUCCUGACUACUGCAACCGCAAUGCCAGCCUGGGCAUCUACGGCACAGAGGGGCGGGAGUGCCUGCAGAACGCCCGCAGUGCUUCCCGGUGGGAGCAGCGCAGCUGUGGGCGCCUGUGCACCGAGUGUGGGCUGCAGGUGGAGGAGAGGCGAACAGAGGCCGUGAGCAGCUGCGACUGCAACUUUCAGUGGUGUUGCACGGUCAAGUGUGGCCAGUGCAGGCGUGUGGUGAACAGGUACUACUGCACACGCCCUGCAGGUAGUGCGGGGCCCCGGGGCACCACCACAAAGUCAUUUGUUGCUUAGUUGCACGACAGUGGAGGUGGAGACUGAACUUCUGGUGUAGGGGGACACAGACUGGAAAACUGGGACCUCACAGAGUUGGCCUGUAGACCUUCCACGAUAGGUGGGGUAGGUGGAUGAUGUUACAGCAUCUUCUUCGCAGGGCUGAAAUCGGAACCUUGUUCUCCUGGCUUGUGGACCCAGCCUUUACCACACAGUUACUCUUGGACUUGAGGAGCUUGUUAAAGACCGAGUUUGGUUUGGAUGCACAUCCAGAGGACCCUCAAACAAUUUGUUCCAUGAAGUUUCAGAUACUGUUCCUUCCGCCCAGUUGUGCAGCUGGGAGUUAGAGGGAAGAGAAGCUAAAGGAAAGGAAUUCUGGGGGCCAGGAGAGGUGGCUCAGUGGUUAAGAGCACUGGGUGGCCUUCCAGAGGCCUGGUUCACUUCGCAGCACCCACUUGGUGGCUGUGGGCCAUCCGUACCUCCAGUUCCAGGGGAUCCAAUGUCCUUUUGUGGUCUCCGUGGCCACCAAGCACAAAUGUGUGCAGACAGAACAUUUAUACAUAUAAAAUAAUAAAGUAAAACUUACAUUU